ACCCGGGAAUCCCCCACCCAUAAAACGAGCCAUCCACGACGGCCGUGGACUCCAGUUCCACGGCGCCUACAAUAGUCUCGCCUGUCUCCUCCCCUGCCCCCUCUCUCUCUCUCUCUGCUGCCGCUGCUACCAGCACCAGCACGAGAGAGGCCUCGCAGCCGCAGGGACCGGAGGUCGGAGGACAGGGAGAGGAACGCCGUGCCCGUGUGGGAGGUGAAGGAGGAGCGAGGCUGCGCCCCCUUCCCCGCCUUCUUCUCGCAGGGAGGGACUUCGCGGCGCAGUUACGAGGAUACAGAGCUCUGGAAAAUUUCCUGAUGGUGAUGUGAGAAGUCUUUGCUGAUUAUCCUGUGAGAGAUAUGACCAACUCUGGAGGCGUCUUCUGUGUGGUUGUGCUGGUUCUGAUGCUCCCCUGCUUGGAUGUUGCACUGGGGCAAAGUACUGACCCUUCCGAAGUCGAUGCGCUCGGGGCUAUCAAGGGAAGCUUACUUGAUCCUAUGAACAACCUUGACAACUGGAACAGGGGGGAUCCAUGCACAUCAAAUUGGACAGGAGUUUUCUGCCACGUAAUCAGUGAUGCGCUUCAUGUGACAGAAUUACAGUUAUUUAAGAGGAACCUGUCUGGAACUUUGGCACCAGAGGUCAGUCUUUUAUCUCAGCUGAAAACACUGGAUUUUAUGUGGAACAGUUUAACAGGCAGCAUCCCAAAAGAGAUAGGAAACAUCACUACACUCAAACUUAUACUAUUGAAUGGCAAUCAGCUCUCUGGUUUUCUACCAGAUGAGAUUGGCAACCUUCAGAACUUGAACAGGUUACAAAUUGACCAAAACCAAAUACAGGGACCGAUACCGAAGUCAUUUGCCAACUUAAGAAAUGUGAAACAUCUCCACAUGAACAAUAAUUCAUUAAGUGGGAAAAUUCCAUCUGAAUUGUGGAGAAUCCCAUUACUUCUUCACCUCCUUGUUGACAACAACAAUUUGUCUGGACCUCUUCCUACAGAAUUAGCAAAGGCGCCUGCUUUGAAAAUAUUUCAGGCUGACAACAAUAACUUCAGUGGAAGUUCCAUUCCUGCUACAUACAGCAACAUAAAAACACUGUUAAAGCUGAGUGUUAGAAACUGCAACUUGCAGGGUGCUAUUCCUGAUCUGAGUGCCAUAUCUGAACUUGGCUAUUUGGAUCUUAGCUGGAACAAACUGGCAGGACCAAUACCAACUAAUAAGCUCGCGUCAAAUAUCACUACUCUUGAUUUGUCGCACAACAUGCUUAAUGGAACUGUCCCAUUAAACUUCUCAGGGCUUCCUAAUCUUCAGCUUUUGUCAGUUGAAAACAACCAUCUAGAUGGUGCUGUUCCCUCAACAAUAUGGAAUGACAUCAUUCUUACUGGAAAUCGAAGCCUUGUUCUGGACCUCCAAAAUAAUUCCCUCAAGACCAUUCCGGCUACGUUUAAUCCUCCGCAAAAUGUUACUGUAAUGUUGUAUGGAAACCCUGUCUGUGGGAAUUCCAGUGGAGCUCCGGUAGACAGCCUCUGUCAACCCCAGUCUGUAAACCAGCAAAACUCUAAACCGCAACAAGGCUCUAGCCUAAUUUGUUCACCUUGCCCAUCGGAUAAAAAUUACGAGUACAACCCAUCAUCCCCUAUAUCGUGUUUUUGUGCCGUGCCACUUGGAGUUGGACUUCGACUGAAGAGUCCAGGAAUCACAGACUUCAAUCCUUAUGAAGCUGACUUCGGCAUCAGCACAACAUCUUUGCUGAAACUGUAUGUUUACCAGCUACACGUUGAGCACUACAUAUGGGAGGUGGGUCCAAGGCUCAACAUGCACUUGAAGUUAUUCCCAAGCAAUACAAGUUUGUUCAAUAUGUCUGAGGUUGUGCGGCUCAGACACGUAUUCGCUGGAUGGGAAAUUACGCUUCCAGAUAUCUUUGGUCCAUAUGAGCUUCUCAACUUCACACUUGGUUCCUAUGCAGAUGAAUAUCCAAAUGAAGCUUCAUCAGGUUUAAGCAAAACCGCAAUGGGUGGUAUCCUGGCAAGCGCAAUAGCUGCUGCUUUUGCUCUUUCUGCAGUAGCCACUGUCCUUAUAAUGAGAAGGCAUUCAAGACACAGAAGUAGAACCAUUUCAAAACGGUCACUGUCAAGAUUUUCUGUCAAAAUAGAUGGCGUGAGAUGCUUCAAAUUUGAAGAAAUGGCUAGGGCCACCAAUAAUUUUGACCUAUUAGCUCAAGUUGGUCAAGGAGGUUAUGGAAAAGUCUAUAGAGGAACUCUAGAUGAUGGAGAAAUUGUAGCAAUCAAACGGGCACAUGAGGAUUCUCUGCAAGGUUCGAAGGAGUUCUGCACGGAAAUAGAGCUGUUAUCCAGAUUGCAUCACCGGAAUCUGGUUUCGUUAGUUGGCUAUUGUGAUGAAGCAGAUGAACAGAUGCUAGUUUAUGAAUACAUGCCAAAUGGCACUUUACGGGAUCAUCUUUCUUCCAAGGCCAAACAAUCUCCCAGUUUCGGUUUGAGGCUUCACAUAGCAUUGGGUGCCUCCAAGGGAAUUCUGUAUCUACACACUGAUGCAAACCCUCCUAUAUUUCACCGUGAUGUGAAGGCCAGUAACAUUCUUUUGGACUCGAAAUUUGUUCCAAAGGUGGCUGACUUUGGCCUUUCGAGGCUUGCUCCAGUGCCGGAUAUUGAAGGGACAUUAGCAGGUCAUGUUUCCACUGUUGUUAAGGGCACACCGGGAUAUCUUGAUCCAGAAUACUUCCUGACUCAUAAAUUGACGGAUAAAAGUGAUGUGUACAGCCUUGGCGUUGUGUUUCUUGAAAUGUUGACCGGGAUGAAGCCAAUUGAGCAUGGGAAAAACAUAGUGAGAGAGGUAAACAAAGCGUACCAAUCAGGGAACAUUUCUGAAAUCGUCGACAGCAGGAUGGGCAUGUGUCCUCCAGACUGCAUCAGUAGGUUCCUCCUGCUAGCAACCAAGUGCUGCCGGGAUGAGACCGAUGAGAGGCCUUCCAUGUCGGAGAUUGUCCGAGAACUCGAGGUCAUCUUGAGGAUGAUGCCAGAGAUGGAUCUUAAUCUGCUGGAUACUACGGACACAGACUCAGCUGAUAUGAGUAAAUCUCUGUCAAUUUCUUCAGCAACUGGGACUUCGUUUGUCACACAGACCUCUGGCAGUGUUAAUGCAAGCAGUGGCGUGCUCUCUGAGGUGCUGGCUCCUCGCUGAUCUUGGCAUUUUCAUAGGAUUUUAACUUGUAAAUGCUACGAUGUUUUGUACCAUUGACUUAUCACACUCGGAUCAGUUGUCUUGUACAUUAGUUAAUUAUUAGUCAACUUUGAUGUAAACUAGAGAAUAUGAAUGAGAACAGCUGAGGAAUAUUAACAUAGGCCAGAAUUUUAGAA